AUGCUCAGUUCGGUGUGUGUAUCCUCUUUUAAAGGGCGCAAGGGUGGGAACAAGUCGUCCAACAAAGCAUGUUACAGCGCAGACAUGACUUGUCCGUCGGAAAGCGAGAAAAUCGUGAUAAACUGCGGGGGGGUGCGGCAUGAAACCUACCGGAGCACCCUAAAAACGUUGCCCGGUACCCGCUUAUCGUGGCUCACCGAGCCGGACGCUUUCACCAACUUCGACUACGACCACAAAUUAGACGAGUUCUUCUUCGACCGCCACCCGUCAGUGUUUUCCUUCAUCCUCAACUAUUACCGCACCGGGAAGUUGCACUGUCCAAACGAUGUGUGCGGUCCCCUGUUCGAAGAGGAGCUGGCUUUCUGGGGCAUCGAUGAGACGGACGUGGAGGCGUGUUGCUGGAUGAAUUACCGGCAGCACCGGGAUGCGGAGGAGGCGCUGGACAGCUUCGAGAAUCCAGAACCGGACGCGCCGGACGACGAACCGGCGCUGGGCGGUGCGGAUGGGGACUUGAAAAGACUGUGCAUGCAGGAGGACGCGAGGAAAGCGGGCUGGUGGAAAACCUGGCAGCCCCGAAUAUGGGCACUGUUUGAAGACCCGUAUUCAUCCAAAUAUGCCCGGUAUGUGGCAUUUGGCUCCCUGUUCUUCAUCCUCAUCUCCAUCUCCACUUUCUGCAUGGAGACACAUGAGGCCUUCAACACCAUCCUUAACAAGACAGAGAACGUCACGGUGGGCAACACAACCCGUGAGGAGAUUGUAUACGAGGUGGUGACUGACAGCUGGUUGACAUACGUGGAGGGCGUGUGCGUCAUUUGGUUUACCAUUGAGGUGCUGCUCAGAGUCACCUUCUGCCCAGACAAGCUUGAAUUCUUCAAAAGCAGCCUCAACAUAAUCGACUUCGUCGCCAUCCUGCCCUUCUAUCUGGAGGUGGGCCUGAGUGGUCUGUCCUCCAAAGCUGCCAAGGAUGUCCUGGGGUUUCUCCGUGUUGUCCGGUUCGUCCGUAUCCUCCGAAUCUUUAAGCUGACCCGCCACUUUGUGGGUCUCCGUGUCCUGGGCCACACCCUGCGUGCCAGCACCAAUGAAUUCCUUCUGCUUAUAAUCUUCUUCCCCCUUUGGUUCCCCCUUUUUUUCCCCCAAUCAUCUCCACCAACAAAACAAAAACCCCCCAACCCCAACACACCCACCCACACACACCACACUUCUGCUUAUAAUUUUUUUUUUUUUUUUUUUUUUUUUUUUUAAAAAAAGAACAUUCCCAUUGGAUUUUGGUGGGCCGUUGUGACCAUGACCACACUGGGCUAUGGAGAUAUGUAUCCGGAGACGUGGUCAGGGAUGCUGGUGGGUGCUCUGUGUGCCUUGGCUGGUGUGCUGACCAUUGCCAUGCCUGUACCUGUAAUUGUCAACAACUUCGGCAUGUACUACUCUCUGGCCAUGGCCAAACAAAAGCUGCCUAAAAAGAAGAACAAACAUAUUCCCCGGGCACCCCAACCAGGAUCCCCAAACUACUGCAAGCCAGAUGCCUUGGCUAUGGCUACCGCAUCACCGCAAAGGCUCUUGGGAAAUGUCCUAGGUGGAGUGAUGGGGUCUGGAGGCCUUGGGGGUGACUGUCCUCUCGCCCAAGAAGAAAUCAUAGAGAUUAACAGAGAUUCCAAGCAGAACGGUGAUGCAGCCUCGGCCGCCCUGGCUAACGAGGACUGUCCCACCAUCGACCAGGUGCUGAGCCCAGACGAGAGGAGCCCUAUUGGGCGAGGACCUACCCGGGAACGCUACCAGCAGGACCGCGCCUGCUUCCUGCUCAACACCAGGGAAUUCCGUGCCACAGAUGGAAAUGUGCGGAAAGGUUGUGUCAUAUCACGCGUGUGCCGCCACUGCAGCGCCAGUGUAACUAAAGUCUGAAUGUAGGUAUGUACUGUACUCCUCCAUAGUGUAAAUUAAGUGUGACUUUGGGCCGGAAAUUAUGUCAUCACUGAAUACAGUGACAGUCAGACUCGCCAUUUCCCGAUAGACGAUCCCAGAGCAAAAAAAACGGGUUUAAAUACAGUACUUAGCACAGUGAGGAGGAAGCUAGCAGACCGUGACAGACUGCAGUGGCUGAGACAUGUUUAACUUUAUCAGCAUUUUUAUUGUCAUUUCUGACAAAACAUUCCUUGUCUUGAAUUUUACCAAGCAAUACUUUCAGACAUGAGCAAAAGCAAACUGUUUCGAUCAGCUUUUGGUUGCAAAGCAGCAUAUAUUUGAAAAUCAUCAGAACCACGUUACUGCCCCAUCUACAUUAUUUUCUUCAGUAUCACCUUCAUCUAAUCAACAGAUGGGAACAAUUCUUUUCACUUAUCCAUAUAUUUAUAUCACACUCGACAAACGUUUUAAAUCCUCUGAUUAUACGUUUAGUUAAAGAUAAUUUACUGUAUAUGAAUAACAGUUUUUGUCCGUUUAUUGCGAGAGCAGUGUGUAUUCUUCCCUUCAUUCUUUCUCUCUCCACUCUGCAUGUUGAUUUUAGAACCAAGAAUAGAUCCAAAGGAUUUUCCCAGCAGAAUCAAAACGGGCUUCCCAACUUUAUUUUUGUGAAUGCGUACUUCGAAUCUGUAGGUCACUCAUCAUAAUAAUAUAAUAAUCUAGCACCCAAGUAAAGCAUAAUAUUUGCUUAAUAUUUAACCUAAUACAACUUGUAGCAUAAUAUCAGCUGAAUAAGCUGUUGGAGCAUCACUAUAACAGUUAAAUUAAUAUACAAGUAAAUGCUACUAAUUUACUACUACAAUGUAAAUUAGCGGAAACAAGAUGUAUCUGCAAUAAGACUUUUAAUGUGAAACCGCAGCAGUUGGUUUGCAUUAGCAGAAACUUAAUGUAGCUCUGACACGGUGUCAAAAAACAAACAGUAAACUGGAAGGCAGAAAUAAAUUAGAUCAAAUUAUUUAGAAUUACAUGUAUACAUUGUUUCCUGUGUGUGGAGGCAAUGUGAAUCAAGCACAGGAAUGGCGGAGUACGCCACUAACAAUUAAAAUUACAAGAUACAGUAAAUAGGUAAUGACCGAAUGCACGCAAAAAAUUCAAUGGCCAUUGAAUAAAAAAAUGCAGACCAUAAAUGAUACCAAAAACAGGGUUAGAUUUCAUGAAAAUCUUAAGGAUUAUAUCUUUAUCUAGCAGUUCAGUUAGGUCAGGUGAAGAGUUUAUCAGAUAAUGAUAGCCACCUCUUUCUUUAAGAGAUUUUUGUCCAGCAUUGUUGUAGUUCUGCUAUAAAAAAAGGUCUUUUUUUUUUUCAGGGAGGCUGUUGUUGCCCCUAAACUCUGAUUCAGCAUCACAAAAAUGGCUGCCACUUGAUGCAACUUGACAAUUUGUCUAAAUACAUUUGGGUGGUAUGAACAAAAUACAUUUGGAACUGAACUUGAGAUUGAAGCAGCACCACAGAUUGGCCAGACAGCUUUUCAGACAUCUUUGUGGGACAUGCAGCCUAAGAAACCCAGUGAAAAUCCAUCAUCAAUAUUUUACUGAGUUGCCAUCUGACUAAUGUGCCUGUGCUAGUCAGAGUAAAAAAAGGAGUUAUUUAUGGUUGGCUCAAAUGAUGCGUAUCCUAGAGUGGUGGAGUGAUGGCCACCGUGCACCACAAUAUACUUUUCCAUUUCAGCAGGAAGGCACAGAGGGCGUCACACUUUACCAGUGGGUGUUCUUUGUUUGACUGUGGCCUAGUGAUGGUUGGAGUUUGACAAAAAUAUACACUAACUUGAUAAUGUUUUAGCUUAACAGUUUGUUUUUUUUACAUUACAUUUUAAUUUCAGCUAAUGUAACAUAUUCCUAAUAAAACUCCAUCCAUUACGGGACAGUUAGCCAUUGUUAGGGCAGAUUAAUUGCUACCUACCAAUGGUGUUUUUUCACUUCACCUGAUGCAACAACACUUCGUCAGCACAGCACUAGAUACAAUAACACAUCUCUAGCUGCUCUUCCUACAGGAGGAAUUCAACAUCUGCAUGCUUUGUUACACACCAAAAAUACAGCGGGAAAGGACACAAAGGCCAAUGUGUUAUUUCUUAGAUAAAUUGGUUUUGUAAGGUUCAGCAGUUACAAUGUAUUAUAUUUAAAAGUCACUUGCACAAGUGGACCAUGUGUCAUUUUCCACUGUAAACAAAAUGUAAACUUAUAUCCAUUACAGCAGUGAUUCCCAACCAGGGGUACUUGUACUCCAGGGGGUACUUCUGCAGUUGCCAUGCUGUACGUGGAAAGAUUGUGGAGUAGCUCCACUAAUUUGAUAUUGAAAUUAAGUCAACACCUGAACACUACAUUUUGCAGUUGUGUAAAAGUGUGUGAAAACUAGUUAGUAAGCCAGCACAAACGUUUUACGUAAUGAAUAAAUGGUAGAAAUAACUAGUUAAAAGUAAUGACUAAACCGUUCAAAUCAUUAGCUAAAAGUAAUAGUGAAAGGGUUAAAAUAGCUAAAAGAAUAGGUAACGGUUGAAAUGGUUAGCCAAAAGUAAUGGAUAAAUGGUUGAAACAUUCAGCUUUACAAAUAGUAGUAGCCUAGUAGUAUGAUUGUUGACCAAACCAACCUCAAUAUUGACAGUUUAACUGUAUGAAAAAAAUUACCAAUAUCCACUUUCUUAAAGUGAAUAUUUCAUACAUUUGGAACAUAGAUUGGGAAUCGAUGAUGGGGUAUGCGAGUUCAUCUGACAGGGCUGUGGGGGUACCUCAGACCAAAAAGGUUGGGAACCACUGCAUUACAGGAUGCUAUUACCGGGGGAUAGGAAGUGUUUCUAAAAGUUGCAGGGAGGACAUUUUUGUGUUGGCCAUUUGAAGUUUACAGGGACCAAAAGCAAAUGCUAAGUGGGCUUGGGUUUAUAAAGCAUAAUGCAAGGCAAUUCAUUAUUCUACAUAACUUCAUUAGUGCUAAAAUCUUUAAGCUUUUUUUCUAAAACUUCAUGUGGUCAACUCCUACACUGUAUCAGUAAUAUCUGAGUAUUUACUACUUGUGUUUGUGUUAAACUGUAUAGUUGUGGCCAAAAGAUUGUCUAAAACACCUGAACAUGGAACAUCAUACAUGAUAAAAUGUUGGGUGCGUUAUUCAAUUGGCCUAUUAUAAGUGUUAAAUCUCUUAAUAUCAGAGAAUAUUUUGCUUUUCUGUUUUGAAAAAAAAGAAGAUAUAUCAUAACUCGCAUUUUCUUGUUUUGUCUUGUCUUGUCCUUCUUGUCUGUGUCUGUCCUUUAUAUGUCUUUAUAAUUUGAUAACAUUUUCAAUUUCUUACCCUUAAUUUAUUUUCUUCACUUAUGUGUUUCUUUUCAAUUAAAAUUUUUUCUUAUAACAUGUUAAACCUCAUGUUCAUGUUUCAACACUAUAAAACCUUUGCAACAAACCCUGAAUAUGGAACAUUUCAACUACAACUUUUUUAUUUGCAUAUGAUAUCAAAACAAAAACACAUUAUAUAAUCUAAUGAAUCGAUCAAUGGUUCAAAUUAUUUUCUUAAAGCAACGGGCUACGAGAAAUCUCGCAGUCUCAAUAACAUAUCGGGAAUGGCUGGGUCAUCACUGCGGCUUGCUCCUAUCACUAGCGCCCCCUUUGAAACCUAUGAGGCUCCAGGACCACUGCGC